CAGUAGAAUUGGAACGAUGGCUGGAGGGCGUAUUCCUGACGGCGUCGACGAUCUAUAACAUAUGUUUUGAUGCUGGUACGCGCGCCGCCUCUUCCUCAGUGCAUUGACUGAACAACGCGACAAUAGCCUAAACGGUGUGUGCUUUCGGCUCCAUCGUUUCUGUUGGUUAUCUAUUCAUCCACGGCUCUGAAUCUGGCAGACCUGCACAGGACAUGGUGUUUUGUGUGGAAUUAGGCCUAUCAGUGUCAUCUGUCUGAGAGGCGGGAGAGGGAAAAAGAGAGAGAGAGAGAGAGACGGCGCAAAGGAAUCCUUGGCAUAAACACACGUCGGUGUCUCGAUGUGAUUUUGAGUGACUGGCUGCAUUCUUGUGGAGACGAGCGGAACGGAUAAACCCAUUUUCAUCGUCUCACCCAUUUGCGCGGAUAGCGGCUGGUGCAUGCCCGUCUGGGUUGAGCAUCUGACAGCGUCUCUUUCUGCUGGAGCUUGGCUGAUCCGAGCUGUCCUGGGUCGGGCGUGGAGGGAGCCGAGAUGAGCGCCUUUCGGAGGGGUAGCUGGGUGUCUCUGUUGGAGUUGUGUUGGGUAUUAAUGGGACUGUGGAGGCUCGGGGCCGCCUGCCCUGCGUCCUGCUCCUGCAGCGGGACCAGGAUCGCCUGUGUGGACCAGGAGCGGGGCAUCAUGGCUUUCCCAGUGCUGCAGUCUGAGCUGGAGAUGGACAACAUCACGGACAUAUAUAUUGCAAAUCAGAGUAGCUUCUCAUCCAUCAAUGACAAAGACCUGCAUUAUUACCGGAACCUCACGAAUCUAACUGUGACUAACAGCAGGCUUACCUAUGUCUCUCGACUGGCUUUCCAGAACAACCUCAAACUUCAGUAUCUGAAUCUGAAAGACAACAACUUGUCAUCUCUGUAUUGGAGGAUAUUUCGACAUUUAAACAUAUCAAAUCUGAUUCUUUCAGGGAACCCGCUGCACUGUUCCUGUGAGAACAUGUGGAUGAAGCUGUGGCUGGGAGAGGAGGCUGAUGUUCAGGAGCUCAAAUGUAUAGAGGAGGGUGGCGGGAGGAAACCUCUGACCAGGCUCAACCCCCCUCACUGUGUGGUUCCCAUGGCGACUCUGAGCCCGUCCAAGGUGACGGUGCAGGAGGGUGCUGAUGUGGUGUUGACAUGCAACACCUCCGGAGCGCCCUCUCCUGAGCUCAUCUGGAACAUGACCCCACUCGUCUCCUACAAUGAGAUUGAGGCCUCAGGGCAGGUGUCUGAGCUCCAUCUCUAUAACCUCUCCUCACUGGACAACAACUGUAAGAUCACCUGCAGCGCUGAGAACAUUGUGGGCGAGAAUGAGUCCUCAGUCUUCCUCGACAUCCUCUUUCCCCCUAACAUCAGUAAAUUGAGUGAUGCCUACUCGGACCACCACUGGUGCAUCCCAUUCAGUAUGUCUGGGAACCCAAAACCUGAUCUCCGCUGGCUGUUAAACGGGGAGCCGGUAAAUGAGGGACCCUACAUCAUGACUAUGAUCCAUGACUUCUCUGAGAGGGAGUACCACGGCUGCCUGCAGCUGGACAGCCCCACACACAUCAACAACGGACCGUACACUCUGCUGGCCAGCAACAAGUACGGACAAGACCGCAAGACCGUCGAGGCUCACUUCAUGCUUGACCCCUUUGAUGGAGGAACAGUGACAGAACCACUUUACUAUGACCCAACUACAGAGGACACACCUCUAGAGCCACCAGAAGACAGAGUUGCUGUAUAUGUGGUCGUAGGGAUUGCAGCAGUAGCCUUCAUGGGUUUUCUAUUGAUGCUGGUCAUCUUGAAAUUCGGGGGAAACUCAAAGUUUGGAAUCAAAGGUGCGUCAUCGGUGAUCAGUAACGAUGACGACUCGGCCUCUCCUCUCCACCACGUGUCCAAUGGCAGUAACACUCCGUCCUCCUCUGAGAUGGGCCUAGACGCGGUCAUCAUCGGCAUGACCAAGAUCCCCGUUAUCGAGAACCCUCAGUACUUCCGCAGCAACAGCAUGCUCAAAUCAGACACCUUUGUCCAGCACAUCAAGAGACACAACAUAGUGCUGAAGAGGGAGUUGGGAGAGGGGGCGUUUGGGAAGGUUUUCCUGGCCGAGUGCUAUAACCUGUCUCCUGAGCUCGAAAAGAUCCUGGUAGCCGUCAAGACCCUGAAAGAGGCUAGUGAGAAUGCAAGGAAGGACUUCCACCGGGAGGCCGAGUUGCUGACCAACCUGCAGCACCAGCACAUUGUCACGUUCUACGGUGUGUGUGUGGAGAGCGACCCCCUCAUCAUGGUUUUUGAGUAUAUGAAGCACGGGGACCUCAACAAGUUCCUCAGGGCUCACGGUCCCGACUCCGUGAUGAUGGGUGACGGUCCGACCAAUAGGCCCGUGGUGUUGACCCAGUCCCAGAUGCUGCACAUCGCCCAGCAGAUUGCUGCAGGCAUGGUCUACCUGGCCUCCCAGCACUUUGUCCACCGAGACCUGGCCACGCGUAACUGUCUGGUGGGAGAGAACCUGCUGGUGAAGAUCGGUGACUUCGGCAUGUCCCGAGACGUGUACAGCACGGACUACUACAGGGUGGGCGGUCACACCAUGCUGCCCAUCCGCUGGAUGCCUCCAGAGAGCAUCAUGUACAGGAAGUUCACCACGGAGAGUGACGUGUGGAGUCUGGGCGUGGUCCUCUGGGAGAUCUUCACCUACGGCAAACAGCCCUGGUACCAGCUCUCCAACAACGAGGUGAUUGAGUGUAUUACACAGGGGCGUGUCCUGCAGCGGCCUCGCACCUGUCCCAAAGAGGUGUACGACCUGAUGCUGGGGUGCUGGCAGAGGGAACCCCACAUGAGACACCACAUCAAGGAUAUCCACAGCUUACUGCUCAACCUAGCCAAGGCCUCUCCUGUCUACCUGGACAUCCUCGGCUGAGAGUGUGUGUGAGUGUGUGUGUGUGU